UGUUUUGUUCUUUAAUUUGAAAUCUGCAAACAGCUGUAGUUGAGUUAAAGAACACCAAGGGAUAAAAAGAAGACUUCGCUUACACACCAUUUCCAUUUCAUUCAUCUGCUCUAUCAAAACAACAACAAUAACCCUUUUUGUUCCCUUCCUUGUUUUUUGCUGGGUUUUUCCAGUUUCACAUACAACGUUUUCAACAACACCCCACAAACUAUGUCUGUCUUCUUCACUUUCUCUCUCAAAAGUCUUUGUCGCUGAAACAAAUUCCCAAAGCAACGACUUUUAUAGCAGAGCACUUGAUUUCGUUUGGUGGGUCGAUUUCAAGUUUCGAUUUUGUUCACUUUUUUUUCUGAUCGAUUGAUAAGAAGAGACAGUGGGGGCUGAUUGGUGGGGAGGUUAUGGCUUUUUGCCCAAUCUUUUGUUGUGGAAAUGCUUCGGAUCGCAAAGGGAGAGGGAAGAAGCAACCCGCAUGGAGGGUGUUUUCUUUGAAAGAAUUGCACUCUGCUACAAAUAAUUUCAACUAUGAUAACAAGCUUGGUGAAGGUGGAUUCGGCAGUGUAUACUGGGGCCAGCUUUGGGAUGGAUCACAAAUUGCAGUGAAAAGAUUGAAAGUCUGGAGCAACAAAGCGGACAUGGAAUUUGCUGUUGAAGUUGAGAUAUUGGCAAGAGUACGACACAAGAAUCUUCUUAGUCUUCGUGGCUAUUGUGCUGAAGGUCAGGAACGGUUGAUCGUAUAUGACUAUAUGCCGAACUUGAGCCUACUCUCUCAUCUUCAUGGACAGCACUCAUCAGAAUGCCUUCUUGAUUGGAAUCGACGGAUGAAUAUUGCAAUAGGGUCUGCCGAGGGAAUUGUAUAUCUUCACCACCAAGCAACACCACAUAUCAUCCACAGAGAUAUUAAAGCAAGCAAUGUGUUAUUGGAUUCAGACUUCCAGGCUCGGGUUGCUGAUUUUGGUUUCGCCAAGUUGAUCCCUGAUGGUGCAACUCAUGUGACCACAAGAGUCAAGGGCACCCUUGGCUACCUUGCACCAGAAUAUGCCAUGUUAGGUAAAGCUAAUGAGUGUUGUGAUGUGUUCAGUUUCGGAAUCCUCCUUCUAGAACUCGCUAGUGGCAAAAAACCACUUGAAAAACUCAGUUCCACAGUGAAGCGUUCAAUAAACGAUUGGGCCCUGCCAUUGGCUUGUGCGAAGAAAUUUACUGAAUUUGCAGAUCCAAGGCUUAAUGGCGAGUAUGUGGAGGAAGAGCUUAAAAGAAUUGUUUUAGUUGCUCUGAUAUGUGCUCAGAGUCAACCUGACAAGAGACCCACCAUGAUUGAGGUGGUAGAGCUUCUGAAGGGAGAGUCCAAAGAUAAGCUUUCUCAGUUGGAGAACCAUGAACUCUUUAAGAACCCUCCAGGUGUAGGACAUGAUGAUGGGACUUCAGCUGCUGAAGGUAGUUCAGACUUCAUCUCUGAGGAGAAGGAAUCAAAACAUGAGUUGGAAGAGAGUACAGAACCAUGAUUCGUGCAAAAACGAUAUGGAUUUGAUGUGUUAAAUACAGAUUGUGAAGCUUUCAGGAUUGGUUUUUUUUCUUUCUCUUUGUACUGUUGGUAUUAUUUUAUUUAUGCGGGGAAACAUUUGUCAUCCGUUUAUUAAAGCAGCGGGUGCACGUUUGCCUUACUAUGAAUGUGGCUAUGAACCAUGCAAAAUUGCUAGGAGCCUGGAAUUGGGGAUUUGAUGUGUUGAAUAUACAGAUUGUGAAAUUGUAAUUGCUUAUCCAUA